AUGUCAUUGAGUUCUAUGGAUAAAUUACCGGAUUUAAUUACUUCGUGGCUGGUAUCGGGUUUCGCUCUUAGUCCCACGAAGGGUUUGGGAUUCAUGAGCCAACCUCAGACUGCCAAAGUACGGAAACCUUUCUACGUGAUGGCUGAUUUACCGUAUUCUAUCAAACGUAACGAUGAGAUACCAAUACAUGUGAUGGUCUACAACUUUAUGGGUGAUACUUUGGUAACUGAUGUGACGCUGGCCAGCAAGAAUAAUGAGUUUGAGAUUAUAGAAAAAGGUUCAGUUAACGAUAUGCAGAAAACCAAAGUGGUUGCAGUACCGAUGUCUGGUAAAAAGACUGUUAUGUUCACGAUCAAAGCAAAAUCGUUGGGUGAGAUUGCGUUGAAAAUGCAGGCGAAUAACAUCGUCACAUCGGAUGAGGCGGAAUACGCACUGCGAGUGGUUCCGGAGAGUCGCUUGAUCAAGAAGACCGAAACGAGAUUCAUCGAACUACCACGUCGCAGAACGCUUGACUAUGAGAUCGACAUUGACAUACCACACAACAUAGAGGAUGGGUCAGCCAAUAUCAAGUUCAUGCUCUAUGGUGACGUACUAGGACCUCCUCUUCCUAAUAUAGAAUCACUGAUUCGCUCGCCGGCUGGAUCGGGAGAGCAAAAUAUGCUGAUUUUCGCGUACAAUACCGCCAUUCUGGAUUAUCAUUCUGAAACAGGAUCUCUUCAGGACGACGUUGUUCAAACUGCUGUAAAUUAUCUAAAAAGUGGCUACAAGAAACAGAUGAGUUUCAUGCACACAGACAGUUCUUACAGUAACUCUGGUCCAACAGAUCUUAUAGGAAGCACAUUACUAACAGCAUUCGUUACGAAAUGGUUCAUGAAGGCCGAUAAGUACAUCGAUGUAGAUAAGCGAAUGGUGGCGGCCGCAUUCCGAUGGCUAGCGAGUGCUCAGAAACCCAACGGACGAUCCAUCGAGUUCGGGGUGGUAAAACACCCGGCCAUGCACGGAGAGUUGCUAUCAUCCAAGUUGGCACUAACAUCCUAUGUGUUAAUAGUGUUUCUCGAAAAUGAAGCCGCUAUCGUUGAGCACAAAGCGACGGUACAGAAAAUGAUGAAUUAUCUUGCAAAAAAGCUAAACACUACUACCGAUAUCUACGAAAUAGCCCUGAUCACAUAUGCCCUUACUCUGGGAAGUCAUCCAAUGGCCAAAGCAUUUUUCGACAAACUGUACCAUAGCUCGGAGUUCGAUAAAGAAAUAAACGGCAACUACUGGAACAGACCCCCGGUAAGUAUAGAAACCACCGGAUACGCACUUCUAACCUUUAUUGAAUUUGGGAAAUUAAAACAAGCAACUACCAUUAUGCGGUGGUUGAAGCAGCAAAAUUACUCAACAUCAACGCCACAAGCUUUUGUCGGGAUAGAAGCGCUGACCAAACUAGCGAACCAAAAAAGUCCAUUUAGAAAUGAUUAUCGGCUUAUGUUGCGACACCAUAGGCGUAUGCUUAACGUGAUGGAAAUGGAUCGAACGAAACCACGUAAGGUGGAGCUAACUUUGCCCUCAAAUAUUCGUACUCUGGAAGUACAUGUUGAGGGGAUUGGUAACAGUAUGUUCCAGGUCAUCUAUCAAUACUCUAUGGAUAUUGAGAAAUCGAGAAGUAGCUUUAAGCUGGACGUGUCCGCACUCAACAGUAGUACCUACUAUGAGCAACAUCUGAAAGUUUGCGCCCGGUAUGCAACGAAACAACUCAAUGAGACUACCAAUGCGGUCAUGGUCGAAGUGUUUUUCCCCAGCGGGUUCAUUGCCGACGAAGAAGGUGUUCAGGAUCUUUCGCUGAAAGGUGAUAUCCGGAAAACAGACGUGCGUUUCGGUGCCGCUUCGGUUGUGGUGCACUACGACAGUUUAGGAUAUGAAAAAAGUUGCUUCAAGGUUAUCGCUUACCGAAGGUUCAAAGCUGCGAUGCAUCGGUCGGCUUACGUUGUGGUGUCCGAUGAUUCUAACCCAGAUCUUGUUGCUGUCAAGUCAUACGAGGGAAUGGUGCAACAGAUAUGCGAUAUUUGCCAGGAGAAGGAUUGUCUCACGUUGUCAUGUUGAGCGAAUGUGGGGCUCACAGUGACCAAAAGACAGGACCAUACAAUUAGACUGAGCUUAGUGAAGUUUGUUCAUUGUGUAUUUUUUGAUGCACUUUUGAACGUAUAUAUUAAAGUUCAAUUAGAUCAGUUAAUUUAAUAUUCAUACAUCCUGAUACAAUAUAGGGAAUUGUUCAACUUUCGAUCCAAAAUUCGAUGGGCCGGUGAAAUUUAAGCAUUCCCAGAAUAUUACAAUGAACUUGCUAUUUAGAUUGCCUUUAUACGAAGACUGGAACUAGAAGAUCGAAUAAAGCUCGAGUACGUUCCAUAAUUCCAAUUCAAAGGAGACGCAUCACUUAUGGCAAACUUUGUUAGUGAAUGGCAGUAAGACGAUAGAAAUAAUUCUGUUAAGUAGU